UCUAUGUAAAUGUUGAAUUUGCCCUUCAACUACCAAUAAAUAUACCCUCCAAGCCUUUUCCCUAUAAAUGAACCCUUCAUUUCCAUGACAACAACACACCCAAAAAUGGCAGAAAAAAGAGGAGAAGAAGAUCCUUCAAAUAACUGUGCAAUAUUUAGUUCCAAGGUGGAAAAAAUGCAGAGUAUCAUACAUGAGUACUCCGCAGGUGGUUGGAACAAAUGUUGGGAGCAAGGAGUGACACCAUGGGAUUUGGGUCAGCCAACGCCUCUCCUGCUACAACUUCUUGAGAACGAAACUCUUCCCAAAGGCAGAGUUCUAGUGCCUGGAUGUGGGGCUGGCCACGACGUAAUUGCAAUUGCAAACCCUGAACGCUAUGUUGUAGGCCUGGAUUUAUCGGAAAAUGGCCUUAAGAGGGCAAGAGAGAUAUCUUCAUCAUCACCAAAUGCAAAAUGUUUUGAGUUUAUAGAGGCGGACUUCUUCACUUGGAGUCCAACUGAGAAAUUUGAUCUCGUUUUUGAUUAUACGUUUUUCUGUGCGAUUGAACCUCGCAUGAGAACAUCUUGGGGAACACAAAUGCAUGAGCUGUUGAAACCAGAUGGAGAGCUCAUAACUCUAAUGUUUCCUUUGCACACUGAUGAACGUGGUGUUGGUCCACCUUAUAAAGUUUCUGCGGCCGAUUAUGAAGAGGUUUUGCAUCCUUGGGGAUUCAAGGCGACUUCUAUAAUGGAUAACGAUCUGGCUGUAGGACAGCGAAAGGGUAACGAGAAGCUUGGGAGAUGGAAGAGGUGUCUUUAAAAGAAUCUCAAUUAUGAAUAAAAGAAGAAAGCUAGUACUCUCGUAUCUAUAGUAAUAUUUCAUCUAUCUGGCUCAUAAACACAGGCAGAGAUGAUGUGACAAUCACAAUGACAACCAUCCUCGGAUGAUACAAUUGUUGCAUAUGUGGAACACAAGCGUGUCUGAGAGUGUGUGAGAGAGCUGUGUAAGGUGUAACCUAAGUGUUAGAAUAAAAGUUUUAUAACAGAACUUUUCAGUUUCAUUUCUGUUAUGUGCGACUGUAAUCCUUUGGAUAAAUUAGUUUAUUUAAAGUUUUAGCCUUUUUGGCAUAUUUAAAAA